AUGGCCCCCGCCGCUGAACCCCGCUUCUGUAUCCAGAUAAAACCCAUGCCACCGGGUAGUCCGGAAUUCGAAGCCAAACGUGCUGCGUUACUCGAAUGUUUCCAAGCCAAAGUCCCUCCCGAAUAUCGUCUCCCGCAAGCCCUCAUCGCCAAUCCACCAAACGAUGUCUCUGGCAUCCCACGCACGUGCGGAAUACUGUCUGCUGAGGAAAUCCAAAUCACCGAGACGUACGAUGCGGUCGGGCUUGCGGAAGCUAUUGCGAGCCGGACGUACACUGCCGUGGCAGUGACCACGGCAUUUCUAAAGCGAUCCAUCAUCGCCCACCAGCUCACCUGUUGCCUAACACAAUGGCUCGCGGACGAGGCACUCGCGCAAGCGAAAUAUCUAGAUGACUACGUGGCCGAGCACGGAAAACCCAUCGGACCCCUCCACGGCGUGCCCAUAAGUAUCAAAGACCAUAUCCCCAUCGCGGGGACAUUCUCAUCACAGGGCUCGCUAGCCAGCAUCGUGAAAGAUGAACAAGACUGCCAGAUGGUUUCUAUCCUACGAAAGUUAGGCGCAGUCUUCUACUGCAAGACGAACCAGCCGCAGGCGCUCAUGCACCUCGAGAGCGACUCGCACUGGGGCCGUGUGCUGAACCCGUACAAUAUCCGGCUUUCAGCGGGUGGGUCGACGGGCGGAGAAGCUGCUCUCAUCGCACUGCGUGGCUCAGUGCUCGGUGUUGGAACAGACAUCGGGGGAAGUAUCCGGGGUCCUGCGGCGUUCUGUGGGAUCUACGGAUUCAAGGCUACCUCGUAUAUGCUGCCGAUGGACGGAUUUCUAGCGGCGCCGUUUGCGGCAGAGUUGAAUGUUCUCUGCUCGACGGGGCCGAUGUGUACGAGUCUUAGGGAUAUGGAUAUGUUUAUGCGGCUUAUGGCGGAGGCGAAGCCGUAUCUGCUUGACCCAAGGCUUGUGCCGCUGCCCUGGACGGGUCUGCAGACGUCGCUGGGACGACGUCUCAAGGUUGGAAUUAUCAGGAACGACGGGUUCAUUGAGCCGCAACCGCCCGGAAAGAGGGCGGUUGAAUGGGCGAAUACCUUGCUCUCCCACCCGAAACAUGCAAACCUGCUCGAAAUCAAACCAUUCACCCCCUUCGGCGCAGCAGCAGCCUGGUCCAAGAUCCAACGCUUCUACUGGCCGGACGGGGCCAACCUGCUCAAAUCUUCCCUACAGGCCUCCGGCGAACCAAUCCAACCACUCAGCACCGCGAUCUGGAAAGAAGCCGAAGCGACGGGAAUGCUAACCGCAGAGGCCGUGAACAACUUCCGCCGAGAGCGCGAUGAAUUCCGGCUCGCCUUUGCGCGUGCGUGGGAGGAACAAGAUGUCGACGUCGUCAUCGGGCCAGCGUUUGUGGGCCCGGCCUGUGCACAUGAUACCGCGUUUUACUGGACGUAUACGUCGCUGUAUAAUCUCGUUGAUUAUCCCGGUGUUGUUGUUCCGACGCCGGUGAGGGUAGAGGCCGGGGUGCAGUACGACCCUGGGUAUACGCCACUGAGCGCGGCUUGUGAGGAUGUGAAGCGGUUGUGGGAGAGUGGGGAUUUCGACGGCGCGCCCCUUGCGCUGCAGGUUGUUGCGAGGAAGUACCAUGAUAGUGAGCUGUUUGGGGCUCUGGCGGUUCUAAAGGAUAUUUUGGGGUUGCGUUGA